GGAAAAGGUUGCGGUGGCGCAGUCUUGGUCGUCGCAACUAGAAAAAUGUAGGGCUCAUAAUUCCAACACAUAGUUUCUACAUACCCACCUCGUGUGAAAAGCAAGAUCAAAAGAAUGACAACGGAGGUAGGCAACGCACCAGGACCAGAAUCUAGGAGCGCGGAUCGCCAGGCAGAGCCACAAAAUGCGGCUGGAUCUGCGUCGUCUGGAGGCACAGCACGCGCUUCGGGAGGGCAUCACAGCAAAAAGCGAGAGUGGAUUGCUCAGUUGCAACAGCAGCAGACUGAGUCGCAGCAAUGCACAAUGGAGAGCAACCGAAGUCUCCUGCAGUCACGCGCCAUGGCGUGGGAGCACGUGUGCGACUUAAGACGCCUACUCGAGGAGCAGGACGGCAACCGCGUUCGCUGGCAGCUAGCAGUCUACGACGGUAUUAGGCGCUUGAGACAGAAAACGUCAACACUGGCGACCAACACCGCACCAGGUGCUCGUGGAAUUUAAGGACAACAUGGAAGUGAAAUUUUCCGCCACAUAGAUAAUCAUAAUCAUGAUGAUGAUGCAUAAAUAUACUCAUUUGAAGUUUAACGAGUACGAGAGAUAGAGAAAAAUUUCAUUGUUUACGACUGAUUCGACGUCCUCUAACGGUUGUCCGGCGACAAGGUGGCAAAGGCAGUUGCGGGAUUGGAGCAAGAGUUACUUGCUUUUAAGGAGAAGCAGCGACAAGAGUACGACGAGUUGUCCCUCGUGGAGAGUACGACGUUUGAAACUCUGACAGCGCUCGAGGAACGCUUUACGGCGUGGACUGAUCAAUCAUCGCGCGAGCCACUGGUGAGGCCCAAAACUGCAGCAGUUAGCAGUGCACACGGCGCGGGUGCAGGCGGUCGAGGGGGUGCGGGUGGAACGACACCUGGCGGGAGAAACCGGCCUGCGAGUGCGCGAGCAGCUGGAGGAGCCACUUCAAAGACGCCCAACAAGGGAAUGAAAGAUAUGGCUACACAGUAGUAAGUACCUAGGGCCAGGAUUUUGCAGCGGCUACUCCGAAUUACAUUCAGGUCAAGUUGAUGUCAGGGUAUCAUGUGUACCACUUCUAGGAGGAAGAAUGCAUCUAAUCAUGGCGCAGAGCACAACAAUGCCGCCGGUGAAGGCGCGGGGCGCACGCAGUCUUCGAGCUCCUCGGCUGCAUUGGACGAUAUAAAGACUGGCGCCAUCUAUGAGGGCCUGUCGCCACGCAAGCGAACGUUGGUCAGUGCAAAUGGGGAUAAGAGCGUUAGCCAGUUGAGGGAUGCGCUAGACGCGUUGACUGCCGAGAUCGAGCAUGACGGCGGUGCGACAGGCGGUUGGCUGAAAGACGACCACGAAGCCUUCAUGCGGGCCUACGCGAAGCACAAGUCAAUGGAAACAGCCCCCUUUUACGACUACGUCACGGAUCUCGUACACUGUAGCCAUGAGGACGUGGUAGAGCACGUGGUAUGGUACAAAGAUUUCGUGCGGAAGUCCGACUUAAAACGAGACUUGCUGGGCAAGUGGAAAGACCAACGCAGGAGAGCAAUGAUAGUACUAGAGAUACCUUCUCUUGUCAAUUUCACUUCAGCUUUUGAUUUCCCUAUGUGUUGUAGAUGCAAUGACAUACUCACAGCCUAGAUUCGUUAAGCUGAGUUCUCAAUCAUUCAUGGCACACGACCACGGCUCGUCGAUCAGUUUUUGAGCCGUUCUACAUGUAUUUGUAUAAAAACUUUUUUAUUUCAUCAAUUCAGGAAGCACAUGAGCGGUUGACCGAUACGCGGGCAGAGGACUUGAGAGCAGAGGCCGAAGCACGGAAGAGACGAGAGGAGGAGCAGAGGCUCCAGAACGCCUUCAGGAAGCAGAAGAUUUCGGAAUGGAAGGAGAAGCGGGCAGAACAAGAGGCACUUAAAAAGCGAGAGGAAGAGGACAAAAUACAAGCGGAAAAGCUUCGCCGAGCUAAGAUAAUGGAAGAACAAAUGAAAACGCGACCUGCAAUCGUGGCUUACGCACAGCAAAAGAAGGAGCUAAAAAUGAAAGAAGCAGCUGCAGUUCGCGAGAAAAAUAUAAGCGGAAAAGAGGUAUCUAUUACAUCCCUGCUUGUGUGUGCUGCUAAGCUUAUUCCUGUGAUCGAGGAUUCCUCCUGGUAUUUACUCUGUCUAACCAUGACAAGAAAAAUUUUGGUUUUCCUUUUUAGCUGACGAGUAUUCAGGCUUGUUUGGUAACAUCAAAUCUAUUUUUUCGCUUUCUCAGGCUUUAACUGCAGAGCAGCGUCAGCAACUGCAAGAGAGGAGUCUUGCUUACGAGAAGAAACGCGUGAGACUCCUAGAGGAGGCGAGAGCCAAGGAACGACAACUUUCAAAAGGAACUGACCCAGAUGAGAAACCGAAGCAAGCGCCAGGAAAUUUUCUGUACUAUGGACACGUGCAGUCGCGGCUCCACGACCAGACUGAGGCGCAGAUACAGAAGCUAAAGGCACGCGAGAGAGACACAAAAGAAGCGGAUGCUCGUUCUGGCAAGGAGGGUGCAAAAUAUGGCCAGCAGAUAGCCGGAAACUUCGCGAAUCAAGUAGGAAUCCAGGCGACGGUGCGAAAUGUACCACAGUGGAGGCAGAACCUCUACGGGUGA